GGCGGCGGCGGUGGCGGCCCCGGGGUGCGGAGCUGGUGCCCGGCGUGGAGAUCCGCGAGCGCAGCCAUGCCCCAGGCCGCCUCCGGGGCAGCAGCGGCGGCGGCGGCCGGGGCUGGGGCGCGGGCCGGAGACGCCGGGGGCCCGGCGACGACCCGGGAGGGACGAUGAAGCGGCAGAAUGUGCGCACGUUGGCUCUCAUCGUGUGCACCUUCACCUACCUGCUGGUGGGCGCCGCGGUGUUCGACGCGCUGGAGUCGGAGCCGGAGAUGAUCGAGCGACAGCGGCUGGAGCUGCGGCAGCUGGAGCUGCGGGCGCGCUACAACCUCAGCGAGGGCGGCUACGAGGAGCUGGAGCGCGUCGUGCUGCGCCUCAAGCCGCACAAGGCCGGCGUGCAGUGGCGCUUCGCCGGCUCCUUCUACUUCGCCAUCACCGUCAUCACCACCAUCGGCUAUGGCCACGCGGCACCCAGCACGGACGGCGGCAAGGUGUUCUGCAUGUUCUACGCACUGCUAGGCAUCCCGCUCACGCUCGUCAUGUUCCAGAGCCUAGGUGAGCGCAUCAAUACCUUGGUGAGGUACCUGCUGCAUCGUGCCAAGAGGGGGCUGGGCAUGCGGCAUGCCGAGGUGUCCAUGGCCAACAUGGUGCUCAUCGGCUUCGUGUCGUGCAUCAGCACGCUGUGCAUUGGCGCCGCUGCCUUCUCCUACUAUGAGCGCUGGACCUUCUUCCAGGCCUAUUACUACUGCUUCAUCACGCUCACCACCAUCGGCUUCGGCGACUACGUGGCGCUGCAGAAGGACCAAGCGCUGCAGACGCAGCCGCAGUACGUGGCCUUCAGCUUCGUGUACAUCCUCACGGGCCUCACGGUCAUCGGCGCCUUCCUCAACCUCGUGGUGCUGCGAUUCAUGACCAUGAACGCCGAGGACGAGAAGCGCGACGCGGAGCAUCGCGCUCUGCUCACGCACAACGGUCAGGCGGGUGGCCUGGGUGGCCUGAGCUGCCUGAGCGGUAGCCUGAGCGACAGCGUGCGUCCCCGCGACCCAGUCACGUGCCCGGCAGCGGCGGGUGGCAUGGGCGUGGGUGGCAGCGGCUUCCACAAUGUCUACGCCGAGGUGCUGCACUUCCAGUCCAUGUGCUCGUGCCUCUGGUACAAGAGCCGCGAGAAGAUGCAGUACUCCAUCCCUAUGAUCAUCCCGCGGGACCUCUCCACGUCCGACACGUGCGUGGAGCACAGUCACUCAUCGCCGGGAGGUGGUGGUCGCUACAGUGACACGCCCUCGCACCCCUGCCUGUGCAGCGGGACGCAGCGCUCGGCCAUCAGCUCGGUGUCCACGGGCCUGCACAGCCUGGCUACCUUCCGCAGCCUCAUGAAGCGCAGAAGCUCGGUGUGAACCACAGCCAGGCCUGCAGCACCCGUGAGCCAGCAGGGUGGAGGUCCCGCCUGCAGAAGCCGCAGGAGUUGACCAGGAGGACCCCCCCAAAGACGCCUUCGGGCCCCGUGGGAAGUCCCCAGCCCACCACCACCACCACCACCACAACCUCUACUCUUCCCCAGCCCUAAUCUCCAACUGUGCAGGCUUGCACCAGCCAGCAGGAAGCCGGGCUCUGAGGACCCCUGGAGCCCCCGAUCAGAGCCUGACGAAUUCCGAGAAAUGUGAAACUUGGGAGGUGGGGAGGUGGGAAAGCAGCCACUGGGAGCCUUUCGGAAAUUUGAGAAGCUCCCCAGUCCUCAGAGGCCCUGCUGGGACCCAGAACCCUUACCUCCCGAGGGGACUUCUGUUCUCGGUUUUUUGUUUGUUUUCUGGUUUUGUUUUGUUCUUCUUUUUUUUUUUUCAUCUCUACUUAUACCUCCCCCGGGCUCUCCAGAGCCCACGGUGUCUUUGUCCAGGUCAACCCCCACUCAGUCCCGCCUCGCUCUCUCAUCCCCAGCCGAGUCUCCCAGCCCGCCCUCCACUACCUUCUGUCAGGUUUCUUUGCAUGGCUAUGCAGUUAUGGAAGAAAAAAAGGAAAUCCCAGCAGUCCCUAAAGCUAGUCCCCAGAGGGCAGGGCAGGGGGAAAAAAUGGCCACAGGAGUGAGAGCAGAGAGAAGAGAGGCUCUGCAGGGUGGCAGCAUCCUUAGGUGAGCUACCUGGAGUCUGACGACAUGCUCAGGGCUCCUGUGAGACUCGAGCCUUCAGGACUGCCCCUGGAAGCUGACACACACUCCGGCUUGCUGUCUGGCCCUGGCUGUUGCUGCUGCUCACCUCCUCUUCCAUUUAUAGUGAUUUUUAGCACCGGAAACCCUGUCCUACCUACUCAUUCAUCUGAGUGUACUAACACUCUGGUCAGGUCACCUGGGCAGCUCUUAUGGCCAUUUUUUUUUCAGAAGAGGAAAACAGGUAAAAUUACUUGCCCAGGGUGAUGCAAGUCUUGAAGGGGAACAAGGACCUGCAGGCUUGUUCCCAGCCCAAGUGCUCUUCUUUCUGGUCCAGCCUGCUCUCAGAAGCAAAGCCCCUGCAGGCAGCACCCUGGCCUUGUGUAGGCAGCUGGGCUUAAACCUGAAUCAAAAGGUCCAGUCAGAGCCUUCCUGCCAUGGCUCUGCCUCUGCUACUCUUAGCCCAGAGACUGUGGCUCUAAAUGGGCUCUUGUCUCUGUUCACAAGCAGGGAAGUCCAUGGGACCAAGGUAAGCAGGACCGAGUCUCAUGGACUAAAAGUCAGGAGUUGGAACUCUGAGAGUUCAGGGAUUGGGCAGAGCAGCCCAGACAGCUGGCAGGUAUAUCCUGGGACAUUAUCCCCGGACUAGAAACCAGGGUGGAUACCUGCAUCCUAAGUUGCUAGAGUACAGCUUCCACUAUAGCCAGGAACACUCCUCUGGGAGAGAGAAGGUGUUACAGGACCCGGUGUGCCCUCUGUGUUAUCCACCUACAACCCGGGUGGAGGGUGGCAGACUGUUGGCUUGCUCCUGAGGACAAGCUAGAGAUGGGAUAGAGCCCAGGCCAACAGAAGGGUAUGUGUGGGGCUGUGAGUAUGGCUCAGAGGUAAAGCACUUUCCCAGUGUGCUUGAGGCCCUGAGUUUCAUCCCCAGGAAAAGGGGGAAGGGAACACCCCCCCCCAGCUGCCUUCCACUCACUGUCCCCAGGCCUAGCUCCACACUGCUGAGUAAGGCCAGCCUGAUCAUGUGGGAUCCUAGAAAGAGUGCCACACCAUGUCCUCCAGGCCCUGGAGAUCCCUAGGUGGAAGGAAUCUGACCUAUGUGUAUCCCGUGUCCAUUUGGAAGAGCUGGCCCGAGUGCCAAGGAGAGUGGGACCCAGGAGCCGGAGAGGUGCUGUCUGUGUUUAUGUUGGGCCAGAGGUGGCGCUCGCUGCCUCUGUCCUGUGUGUGACCCUGCCCUCGAGGGGUCAAGUCCCGUCAGAUCCGAGGGAGCCACAACCAAAGUUACAGAGAGGGUGGGGAAGGCAGCAGAGUGGCCCUAGGGGUCUGAGCAUGGGGGACCGCUUGUCUCCUGUAGGGUCUUGCCUAGGGAACUAGAAGGCCACUGUCACUUCCUGUCUCACCCCCUCCCACUGCAGGCAGCCUUUCUGCUUCCCCAAUGCCUUAUGCCUGGGCACACUGCCACAGAAUAUGCAAUAUGUGUGGGUGACAUGCCCCACACCCACCCGGGCAGCCCCUAAGUCCCCAGGCUGUGGCUGCCCUGGCCCCUCAGCAGCUCCUGCCCAUCUGUCUUCACACUGAGAAUGGCGCCUAAUAAAUGCUGUCCAUGGA